AUGCGCAUCUCUAUUGCGCCGAGAGGCUUGCGCACUGUUAUCGCAGCUGCGAGAACGACGACAUCGUGCCAGACAACAAGGGGUCCGCGGUAUUGUUUGUCUUGUCAGGAUAUCCAUCGCAUUUGUAGAGUGGGUGUGAGGAAGGGGAAGGGGAGUGGAAGGGAGAGGCAGAAGAGGAGGGAAAUAAAAAGAGAGUUCCAUUCAACUUCGACGUCCUCGUCCGCGUGGACUCCUGAUUCAUCGCUUCUCGGGCAGAUUUCGCGAUCAACUCCGCCUCCGUCUCCGUCUCCGCUAUCGUCCUCAUCUGCGACAGGGCCUUCGUCAGCGUCGUUGAAAAGAAUAGAGAGGACAGACAAACCUGCGCAUGGGAAUUCGUCGGGGCCUUCGGGUAAUGAUGGUAUGAUCAAUUGUAGCGAUAAGGCCUCUCCCCCUUCACCUCCUCCACCGCAGCGGAGGAAACAAGAAAGAGACCAGGAAUCAGAUCAAGAACAGUUACAAGACCUACGACCUGUAGAGCAAACCACCAUCAACCCAACAUCCGCUCAGAUAUCUGCUGGCGCAUCGAUACCCGCUAUUACCUUUCCAACCCCCACCCCUAGCACGACAACUACAGAUAAUACCAACACCGCUACCACCGCUACUAUCACUACACCAUCGACACCAUCACAGCUACCACCACCUCCCAGAACUCUCCGCCAAAUCAUAAAAUCAACCUCCAUAGGACGCGCGGCGGAUUUCUACAGCCGCAUGCAGAGUCGCAGACCUUAUUGGACGCAGUUGUGGUGUACGUUGUUUAUAUACCUGUGUGGGGAUUUGAGCGCGCAGUUUGUUGUCGAGGAUGCAGGGAAGGAGAAGGGGAAGGACGGGGUGAUAGGAGGGGAUGGAGCUGGAGAUAGAGAUGGAGCUGCGGUGCGAGAGGAGUUAAUGGCGCGGUAUGGAUAUGAUCCGUUGAGGACGGUGAGACAUUUGACAGUUGGUGCUGUGGCUGCCGUGCCGAGUUAUCGAUGGUUCAUGUUCCUCCACAACAACUUCAACUACGCCCGCUCCAAACUCCUGUCAAUCCUCACAAAGGUAUCCAUCAACCAAGCCAUCUUCACCCCAAUCUUCAACACAUACUUCUUCUCCAUGCAAUCCUUGCUCGCCGGCACAUCCCUCCAAGAUACAUGGGAGCGUCUCAAACUCGCUCUCCCCAUCAGCGUCAUGAAUAGCGCUAAGCUCUGGCCCGCCAUCACGGCGUUUAUGUUCAUGUAUGUUGAUCCGCAGUUUCGGAGUAUUUUUGCGGGGAGCAUUGCGGUUGGUUGGCAGACAUAUUUGAGCUGGUUGAACCAGAAGGCGGCGCGGGAUAUUGGUGGGGCAGUGCAGGGGGAGGAGUUGAUGGGGCGGCGGAGUGGUGGAGGUGUACGGGCUACAACUCUGGCUACGCCUGCGGUGUCGGUUUGA